CAGUUCAUCACCAUGCUUUCAAACAAAAGCAGCCCUGCAGCAGAUAAGACUGCCGCCAAUGAGAUCGCCAUUGACCACCCUCUCAAGAUACGCAUAUACAAGAACGGCCGAAUCGAGCAGGUCCUGCGCAGUCCCUUCGUGCCAGCGUCCGAGGACCCUGGCAACACCGGCGUCGCGACGAGGGACGUUGCCAUCGACCGAGAGGCCGGCAUGGCCGCGCGCCUGUUUCUACCCACCGGCGCCGUCGCAGCAGGCCGGAGGCUUCCCCUCCUCUUGUUCUUCCAUGGCGGUUCCUUCGCCGCCGUGGCGGCGGAGAGCGCGUUCUGCCGGACGUACCACCGUUACGCCACCUCCCUCGCCGCGCGCGCCAGGGCGCUCGUCGUGUCCGUGGAGUACCGUCUCGUGCCGGAGCAUCCCAUGACCGCGGCCUACGACGACGCCUGGACCGCGCUCCGGUGGGCGGCAUCCUCCGCUGACCCCUGGCUCCUGUACCACGCGGACCGCCGCUGCACCUUCGUCGCCGGCGACGGCGCGGGUGGCGACAUCGCAUACCGCACGGCCGUACGCGCCAGCCGGGAUGGCGAGGACAUUGACAUCGAUGGGCUACUUCUCAUCCAUCCCUACUUCUGGGAACCCGAGUGGCCCCCUUCAGAAAAUACCGGCCAAUGCCAUGGUGGGUUUCUCACGACGCCGCAGGUGGCCGCGACCGUGUCACUGCCAUGCCGGCGCGCGCUGGUCGCCGUGGCCGAGAAGCAGGGCGCCGUCAGGGAACCCGGGCGCAGGUCUGCGGCACGCAUGCGUGGCUGCUGGUGGCGCGGCGAGUUGACCAUCGUGGAAUUGAACGGUGAGGACCACGGCUUCUUCCACAUGUACGGGCCGGCGAGUGCUAGCACCGAGAGAUUCAUGGACACCGUAGUGGAAUUCGUAAACAAGAAGGAGCAUGACCAGGGUUCAAUAAUGUUGCAUGGUAAAAAGGAGGUUGCCCAAAGCUUGUCUAAUGGGCCAUGUAAGGCCGUGUCGGCAGAAGUUCCAAGGGGAGCUGUGACCAAGAGCUGCCUGUAGUGUGGAUUCAACAUAGGCCUUUAUUACUAGUACUUUGCUAGUCAGUUUGAAGGGAUUUGCAUGUUUUUGCGACAAAGGAGGGUAAAGAUCAGCACGGACCUAUCCGAACCGACGCUACACCAAGUUUUCAACUUUGCACAUGGUCUCGAAAGCACAGAUUUCAUUCAUCCUCCACAUUUACAUAUGUAUGGAUAGUUACUUCAUGUGUUCACUAAAGCACCGAGAAAGUUACUUCCGUUGUUGUA